AUGGGCUCAAUAGCGAUUGGUGAUCGCAUAGGAGUAGGUGAUGAUCGAGGCACGGUGCGUUAUGUGGGUGAAGUGGAUGGCUAUAACGGCGAGUGGAUCGGUGUGGAGUGGGACGAUCCGAAACGUGGAAAACACAAUGGAACGGUCAAAGGACGGAAAUAUUUUGAGGCACGUGAGAACACGAGUGGUUCGUUUGUACGUGCGGUGAAUGUAGAUCGAGGCAGAUCGAUAACAGAUGAAAUGCAAUGCCGAUACACCGAAGAUUCUGAAAUGGAUACGCAUCAGAUUGGUGUGAAGACCAUUGAAAUGGUGGCAAUGGAGAAAACGCGUCGGAAACAGAAGAACUUGUGGAAAUUGGGUUGUGUCGUAUUGGAUCGAAUGCACGUCGCGAAGCCUCCCGCCGACGGAUGUGCACCAUUCAAACUGUGUACUGAAUUGAAUCUCUACAAUAAUUUGUUGGCGUACUGGAGUGAUCUCCUUUCAAUUUUGGAUUACUUUCCAUCGCUACGCUAUUUGAAUAUCAAGUAUCGCCACAAUCCGUAUUUGGAAACCGUAUCCUCGGACGAAUGGUUUUUGGGCUUUGAAUUAGCAUUCUCUUUGAAGAUUAGCGAUCGUAAUCGUUCGUUUCGGUUGAAGGCGAGUCGAGUAAUGCAGAUAUUCCCGGGAUUAAACGAAUUGUAUAUGUCGAAUAACGGAUUGGAGCGUUUCGAUCCCGCUGAGCACGGCAGCCAUUUGACAGUGCUCGACUUGGAAGGGAAUCCGAUCGUUGAUUUUAGCCAUCUUCAUAAUUUAUCCACACUUCCGAGGUUAAAGUCACUGAAUUUGACUGAUUGUGCUCUAACGAGUGUUAGAUUACCAGAACCGAUUGGCUUUGCGCAACUGGAAACGUUGAACCUUCGUGAUAAUGACAUAAACGAUUGGGAAAGCAUUUCCGAGUUGGCUCGGUUACCGUCUCUGGAACGUCUGUUCUGCAAAGGCAGCGCUAUGGUGCCGAAAUCAGAAUUUGGGUUGGAUAUACGUGAGAUAGUCAUCGCCAAGCUACCGAACCUGAUAGAUUUGGAACGGACGGAUAUUAGUGCAGUGGAAAGGCGAUCAGCCGAAAUCAGAUUCUUGAACAAUUACUCGCGACCGCCGAUUAGCCAACAUCAUAUUCGAGAUAUUGAGAGGUUGACGAAGAUCCACGGUGAACCGGAUGUGGUGGCGUUGUCGAAGAAAACGUUGGGUUUGAGUCUUUUGAAACUUAAUUUGAGGAUGAAUGAUAAGACUAUUGAAUGUUCACUGCCAGAUUCAACUAGCAUACAACGAAUGAAGGGUAUUGUGAGUAGAAUGUUCAAACUGAAUCCCGGAAAGGUAUUUGCUUCUUUUUUUCAUCUCAUUUGUUUAAGAGCCAAAAUUAUUUGA